AUGGCCAGCAAGAUGGAUAUCGAUGACAAACUCAAUUCUUCCCUGGAUACGCUUGUGAAGGAAAGCGGCGGUCGACCGUCUCGAGGUGGUGGUGGUUCUGGUAGGGGCAGAGGCCGUGGGGAGAAGCGGGAGCGCAACGAUACUGGUGGAGUGAUCCGGGUUGCCAGGCGCAUCUAUGUCAGCAAUUUGACUUGGCGGACAUCUUGGCAGGAUCUGAAGGAUCACUUCAAGCAGGCGGGCAAUGUGGCAUAUGUGGACGUCUUGCGGGAAGGCCGGGAUGGCAGGUCAAAGGGGUGCGGCAUUGUGGAGUUUGAGACGGCAGAGGAAGCUGCGGAAGCCAUCAACACCCUGCACCUCAGCGAGAUUGACGGCCGCGAGAUCUAUGUCAGGGAGGACCGUGAGGAUUUUGACCUGAAGGCGGCGUCGGAGGGGCCGAGCGGAACGGGGGUUGCCAAGCGAGGGCGGCCCAGCGGGGGCGGCGGCCACGCGGAUGGACCCGUGUCCGUGGGCAAGCGCGUCUACGUCAACAACCUGUCCCACGACACCACCUGGCAGAUCCUCAAGGACCACUUCCGCCAGGCCGGCAACGUCGUCCAUGCCGCUGUCCUUACGUAUGAGGAUGGGCAGUCCAAGGGCUGCGGCAUUGUGGAGUUCCAGAGCUCCAACGACGCUCUACGCGCCAUCUCCCUCCUUUCCAACUCGACUCUGGACGGCAACACCAUCUAUGUGAGGGAGGACCGGGAGGACACUGCUGUGCGCGGACGCAGCCCACGCGGCGAACGCGGCGGCGGCGGCGGCCGCGGCCGUGGCGGCGACCGCGGCGGCGAGCGCGGUGAGCGGGGCGGUGGCGGCGCAGCUCCCGAUGGCACCAAGAUCGUGGUGCACGGUCUGCCCUGGUCAGUGGAGUGGCAGGACCUCAAGGACCUGGCCAAGCAGUACGGCGACGCUGUUAAGGCCGACAUUGCCAAGCGCUCCGAUGGGAAGUCGCGCGGCUUCGGCACCAUUGUGUUCAAGACUCCUGAGGACGCUCAGACCGCCAUCCAGAAGCUCACUGGCCUGGAGUUCCAGGGGCGUGUCCUGACAGCAAAGCUGGACGAGUUUGCUUGA